AUGAAACUUCUACCAUCAGUUCUCAGACCAACCUCCCACUUAACCUCCAACCACCCACCAAAAUUCCACUACUUCCACACUUCCCCAUUCACCUCCUCUCGCGAAAUAUCUAUUUCUAAUGAAGUUAUCAAUCUUGUCAACACAGUAAACCCCAUGGAGAAUGCUCUUGAAAAGGUAGUUCAUUUUCUAUCUCCUGAAAUUGUUGCUUCUGUACUUCAAGAACAGCAAAACCCCGAACUGGGUUUUCGAUUUUUCAUCUGGGCAGCGAAAAGAAAGAGGUAUCGUUGCUGGGUUUCGCAUAAUUUUGUCGUUGAUAUGCUUGUUGGGGAAAAUAGGUUUGAUUUGUAUUGGAAAACUCUUGAAGAGGUAAAAAGUUGUGGGUUUCAUGUAUGUUCGGAUGCUUUUGUUGUGUUGAUUGCUGCUUAUUGGAAGUUGAAAAUGGCCGAAAAGGCUGUCGAGUCGUUUGGUAGAAUGAGAGAGUUUGAUUGCAAACCUGACUUAUUUACUAAUAAUAUGAUAUUGCAUGUUAUGGUUCAGAAAGAUUUGAUUUUAUUGGCAUUAGCUGUAUAUAACAUGAUGUUGAAAUCAAAUUGUGAGCCGAAUUGUUCUACAUAUAGCAUUUUGAUUGAUGGGUUAUUCAAAAAUCGGAAGACCCAAGAUGCGCUUAAACUGUUUGACGAAAUGACUGAGAGAGGCAUUUUGCCCAGUAAGAUUACGUAUACGGUGAUUCUUUCAGGUUUAUGUCAAGCAAAGAGGAUCGACGAUGCAUUCAGACUCUAUAAUUCGAUGAAAAGUAGUGGGUGUACUCCUGAUUUUGUUACUUACAAUGCUUUGCUCAAUGGGUUUUGUAAAGGGGGUAAAAUAGAUGAAGCCUUUGCGCUUCUGAGGUGCUUUAAGAAGGAUGGAUAUGUUGUUGGAGUAAAAGCGUAUAGUUGUUUGAUUGAUGGUUUAGUUAGAGCUGGGAGGUUUAAUGAAGCGCACGAUUUGUUCCAGAAACUCUUUGAGGCAAAUAUUAAACCUGACCUUAUCUUGUACACAGUUAUGAUAAGGGUGUUGUCUCAAGCAGGAAGGGUGAAGGAUGCUUUGAAUUUGUUGAGGGAUAUGACGGAGAGAGGUGUGGUACCGGACACUCUCUGCUAUAAUACUCUGAUCAAAGGGUUUUGUGAUAUGGGUCUCUUGGACCAAGCUGGAUCUCUUAAACUAGAAAUUUCAGACCAUGAUCUUUUUCCGGACACUUGCACUUAUACCAUUCUUAUCUGUGGUAUGUGCAGGAAUGGCCUUGUAGGUGAGGCAAGGCAAAUUUUCAAUGAGAUGGAGAAACUUGGAUGCUUUCCUUCAGUUGUGACCUUCAAUGCUCUUAUUCAGGGACUGUGUAAGGCUGGUGAGUUGGAAGAAGCUCACAUCAUGUUUUACAAGAUGGAGAUUGGACGAAAUCCUUCAUUGUUUCUUCGGCUUUCCCAAGGUGCAGACCGGGUUUUUGAUAGUGCAAGCCUCCAAAAAAUGGUGGAGAGAUUGUGUGACUCAGGGUUAAUUCUGAAAGCUUACAAGCUUCUCAUGCAGCUCGCUGAUAGUGGGAUUGUACCGGACAUCAUGACUUACAACAUUUUGAUCAAUGGCUUGUGCAAAGCAGGGAAAAUUAAUGGUGCUUUCAAGCUCUUCAAGGAACUGCAAAUCAAGGGACAUUCCCCUGAUUCAGUCACAUAUGGAACACUCAUCGAUGGGUUCCAAAGGGUUGACCGAGAAGAGGAUGCAUUUGCGCUUUUUGAGGAAAUGAUACAGAAUGGGUGUACCCCCAGCUCCGCAGUUUACAAAUCACUUAUGACUUGGUCUUGUCGAAAGAAAAAGAUUUCUGUAGCUUUUAGUCUUUGGCUGAAGUAUUUAAGGAGCCUUCCUGGCUGGGAUGAUGCAACAAUUAGGUUGGCAGAGGAAUAUUUUGAAAAAGGAAAUGUGGAAAUGGCUGUUCGAGGCUUGAUUGAAAAGGACUUCAAGGUGAGAGAAUUUGAUUCAGCACCAUACACUAUUUGGCUCGUUGGGUUGUGUCAGGCAUGGAGGGCCGAGGAAGCCCUGAAGAUAUUUUCUGUUCUUGAGGAGCGCGGGGUCAUUGUGUCUCCUCCAAGUUGUGUGAUGUUGAUCAAUAGUCUCUGCAAGGAUGGCAAUUUGGAUCAAGCAAUAAACAUUUUCCUCUACACUCUGGAGAAAGGUUUCCUGUUGAUGCCGCGAAUUUCCAACCAGCUGCUCAGGUCUCUUCUUCAUUCUCAAGAGAAGGUGAAGCAUGCCUUUGAUCUACUGAAAAGAAUGAAGUCUGCGGGGAAACGGACAAUGUUUCACCUGGAUAAAUAUGAUUCUGGGCUUGUAAUAGAUUCAGGAUCUGGUUCUUUCACACAGACAACAGCUACAGCAUGCUGUUGCAUCAAGACAAUUGUGUGUAUCCUACCAGAAGCAAUAAUCGUGUGCCAAUCGAAAGCACUAAACCGCAUGGUGUCCAAUGACUUCUUCAGAAAACAAAAUGAAAGAUAA